GCAGCACCAGGAGCAGCAGCAGCGGGAGGAGGGGAAGCCAAGAUGGCAGAGGCGUCUCCCCCUGCCCCCCUCUCACCUCUGGACGUGGAGCUGGACCCCGAGUUCGAGCCCCAGAGCCGGCCCCGCUCCUGCACUUGGCCCCUACAAAGGCCUGAGUUGCAGGCGAGCCCGGCCAAGCCCUCGGGGGAAGCGGCCGCGGACGCCGCCUCCAUGAUCCCCGAGGAGGAGGACGACGAGGAGGAAGGGGGCAGCUCGCCCAUGGCCAUCGGCAGUGCCGGCGGCGGCGGAGGGGAAGCGCUGGCCCCGGAGGAGGAGGCCCGGCUGCUGGCCCCGCUGUCCGGGGUCGGGACGGAGGGCUCGGGCCAGGCCCCCGGGGCAGCGGCGGCUGGGGGCAGCGGGCUGAGUGGGGGGCAGCCGGCGGCGGCGCCGCGGAAAUGCUCGUCCCGGCGGAACGCGUGGGGCAACCUGUCCUACGCCGACCUGAUCACCCGCGCCAUCGAGAGCGCCCCGGACAAGCGGCUCACCCUGUCCCAGAUCUACGACUGGAUGGUGCGCUGCGUGCCCUACUUCAAGGAUAAGGGCGACAGCAACAGCUCGGCCGGCUGGAAGGCCCUUAAACUGACACGAGACCUAAAGAGAGAACCCUUUGCCAAAUCUGCUGUCAGCAAGUGGACAGUGAUACCGUUUACAGCUUAUGUUCUUUGUGAACCCUGCAUUAUUUUCCUAAUGAAGCAGAGACUGUUAAUGGGCCCCUUACCCAAGCGAAGAGCCUCCUUUUUCGGAAUUGAACUCGUUCUAAAGUAUGCAAAAUCUUCCUUUUAUGGGAUGGUCAAGCACCUACUGUGGAGACAAUGUUCAGCACCAUCCUGUUGAGAACACACUGUGUAGCCUUUACCGUAGUUAUUUGUCAAUGAGUAUGUGGUGUUUCAAUAUAUUAAUGGUUUAUGGGUUAUUUUAAUUUGGCUUCUAUUUUGGGGGGUUUCCCCAUCUCAUCCCUCUAACCUUCAGUUUGUUUGUUUUUUUAAAGAUGUUUUAACCAUUUUCUCUUUCUCUCCUGGUGCAUCUGAAAUACAGUGUAUGCACAAUGAAAGGCUAUACUAAUUACCAUUACCCAACAUAGCUUCAGACAUCAGCACUACCUGAGUAUGUAGCAUUCAUUACACCAAGCAACUGACUGAAGUCCAGAGAGAGGUGGCUUGUGGGUUUUGUUUGUUUGGUUUUUUGACUCUUUUUCAAAUCUUUUCUUCAAUUUAAUGGUACAUACCUUGUUUUUCCAUAAACAUCAAACCAGAGUUGAUUACAUAACAAGAGAAACUAGCAAGGUUGCUAGUUGCCAGUCCUGUCCAGUGUUUGUAAGGACUGAGUGAGGGUGCCAUUUCAUAGUGUUUACUGAUUCAGCACCUGAUUGAUUUGAUCGAUCUCACCUAUUGCAUUAUGUUAGCAGAGCUGCCCUAAUGGUUGCAGUGAAUAGAAUUAGUCUGCCUCAGCAGUUUGGAAACUGGUUGAUCUUAAAACAAGUAAUAAGAUAGGCUGUCCACCCAACACAGGUUAAAUGUAACCACUUGUAAGGAUAUGGUUUAAAAAGGAAAGGGAAGUAAAAUAUAUGACAUUGCAGAAAAGAUAACUUACAGUAUAUGCAUCAACAGUGACUUACAGUAGAGUCAUCAGAAGUUCAAAUGCAGAUCACUGCAGGGUAAGUUAUUACAUCAGUGAUUUUUCUUACAUACAUAUCCUUGAUUAUUUUUUCCUUCUCACUAUGCGUAAUCCAAUCUGAAAGAAGAAGCUGUAGAGGGAAAGGCAAGAAAGUAAUGCUAUACAAACAGCUUUUCAUAUAAGCUUAGAUAGUAAUUGGAUAAAUGACACUGAAAGACAAGGCCGUUUUAUAUGUUUUGCUUAUAUGGGUUUCUUUUGUAAAACGAAUAACAAUGAAUGAAUAAUAAUGAAUAAAAGGUAUGGUGCUGCUGUAUAGAUUCUCUCUAUAAUCUGGAAAGCUUGAUUACUUUUUAUUACUAUUUUUUUGGGGGGGGAGGAAAAAAGAGGAGGAAACACCAAUGGUACAUAAGAACUUGGUAUGAAGACGCUCUGAAUAGGACAGUGUAUACAUACUUCUCCAAAGUGAUAUAUGAAGACUUUUUUCUUUGCAUAAAAGCAUUAUGCAUAUAAAUAUAUAAAUAUAUUUUAUUAUGUACAGAAAUGGAUCAUUAUGCAUGGAUGUUAGGAAAACAAACUAGCAUUUUAACCCAAAGUUUCAGUGCAUGAGUUCCCACUGACACAUGUACCAUGCAAUGUGGAGUGACUCCCUUUCGCCACCACCACACAUGCACGCAUACACACACACAAACUCACACACACACAUUUGUGGGCCCCAUCUUGCUCCUUACUUUCCAGUUCCCUGAAGUAAUAUUGGUGAAAUAACAGCUCCUAGUGUGAUGGAAAAUUUGUUUUGUAUUGUAACCUCCUCAUGCUUGUGCUGUUCUAUUUUAUAGAUGAACCUGUUGAUUUCAUCCUGCCCUUUACUGAAUAUGUAAACUCUGUGCAGUUGUGAUUAUAGUAGACCCAUAGCAUAUCAAGCAGCUAAGAGUUUAUCAUUUUCAUUAAAUGAAACAACAUUUUUUUAAAUUAAGGUGGUCUAUUUAUCAAUGGCAGGGACUAGUUUAUUGUUUUUUUCUUUAUCAUCAGAAUUAGUUGAUGAUUCACAUUACUGAUCUUCCCAUUUGAGGUGAUAUUUCGGGUAACCAGCUACCCAGUACGAUAAUGGUGUACAGCAGUCAUCUGUUUUAGGGGUCAGUUCACUUACAGGAGUCCAGAUGCAGGCACCUUUUACCAAAGUUAGUAAAGAGCUUUAUUGCAAGCCUUCACUGUACUCGGUGUGUAUAACAGUAUCUGUCAGGUUUUUGGUACAUCAUUAAAUGUGAAUUAAACUGAGGGUGUUUUUCUUUCUUUGUCUUCUGUGGUAUUAUGCUUGCUGAUUGACAAUUUUUAAUCUUAAAGUCUCACUCUCUGCUUAAUAGGAGGGCUGUGCACAAGUACUCUGGUACAAAGCAGGCUUUGUGUUUAUUUCUGGUGUGACAUUUUGUUGAACUAUCUAUUGUCCACUGGAGGAUGGAAUACAUCGUGGUGCAGUCGUAGAGCAAGCAGCAGAUUCUCCCUUUCACACGGUCUAAUUUAAGGCAGGUUACAAAUAUAUAGGUAGUACAGGAUUAUGUUACUGUAUCUACCUACCAUAUAUAUCUACUGACUGCACCUUUUUUAUUUGGAUUUCUUGGGAGAAAUAUUGGACCGACCUGUCUGCUGGUGUAACUUAAAUGGGAUAGUGCCAACAGAAAAUUUGGCCCACUUUAUAGAGUAGAAUAACAAAACAUAUUGGGCCAAAUUCUGCUCUCAAGUUACGAUGAUGUAAAUCUGGACUAACCGAUGGUAGUGAGUUACUACAGAUUUACAGCACUGUCUUUCCCUGAUGCACAACCCAAGCGCCCGGGCUGUGCUCUAGGGAUCUUCUUGGGAGCAGGAACAAGGAAUCCGCCACUCCAUAGCUGGUACUCCAGCAUCAGAGCAGGAAUAGCCUUAGCACUGCCUUGCCUGUGUGUCCCCUCUGCAGCGGGGAACGGCCGUCAGAUCCACUGACCCUGCCCCAUCCCCAAAUCCCUUCUGGGCAGUACAUACUGGAGGUGAGCUCCGCGUCUUCAGAUAGUCAACGCCUGCAGCCCCACACUGCAGCAGAACUGCACCUCUUCUUCCACUGCAGGCAGAACCUGCUUGUACCCAUUUUGGAGGACAGGAUGUAUGCCAGUGACCAGGAUUUGCCCAAUCGUUCACAGUUGCACAUAAGGAGAUAAGGCCCAAUGCUGCAGUCUUUACUCAGAUGAAAUCUCCCAUUAAAUGGGCUUGCCUGUAUAAGGAUUGCAGGAUCGGGUUGUUAGAGUCCUUUCUUAAUACCAGCAAAGUUCUGUUUUGACGUUAUGACUACGGCGACAAAGACGAGUAAUUUUAUUUUUUCUUGGUACGGAACUAAUAUGUCUAAUGGAAGGGAAAGACUGCUUGUUUGAACAUACUGGGCCAGACUUUGUUACUGCAGUGUUAAUGCAGCGUGACUCCCAUGAGAUCAGUGGAGUUACGUCAGAUUUACAAAAUAUGGUUCACUUUUUUUAGAAAAUGAAGAAAAACCAGUAGGUUCAGAGACAUCCAAUCAAUGGCAGCGAAGUUAUAGAACCUUCCAAACAAAUCAAAAUCAAAGCACAAGCAAAUAAGGGGCCUGAUCCUGCUCCCACUGAAGUUAAUGACAAAACUCUCAUUGGCUUCCACAGUGCAGUUUUGGGCUGCUAGUGUUGGGGGGGAGAAAACCUGCACUACCUGAGGAGGGAUGGACUAGAAAAACGUAUAGAUUUUUUCUAUCUCUAAUUUUGGUGGCCAACAUUUUCAAACUUAAAUAUGUGAAGUUAAGCACCUCAGGCUGGAAUUUUCAAGGGGCAUAAGGGAGUUAGGUGCUCUGCUUUCAUUGCUUUUCAGUGGGAGUAGGGUGCCUCACUCAUUGAGACCCCUUGGAAAAUCCCAGGCCAAAAUGUACACUUAGGCACAUAAAAAGUGCCCCAAUUUUCAGAGGUGCAGAAUAGUCACCGUAGAGAAUCCAGCGGCAGCCACGGGGACUGAGCACCUUUGCAAAUCAGAUCACUUAUUUAGGUGCCAAAGUAUGGAUUCAGAAACCCGUUUUUGAAACUUUGGCCUUGGUUCCAGGAAUAUUUUUGAGCAUUACCCCCCGCCCCACACACACACACACAAAAGCAUGCCCACCAGAUAAAGUCUCAGAACAUAUGCACAGGUUAUUGUUUAAAUUUUGUGUUUUAAAACAUUCUAAAAAGGGUAAUGCUUAUGCAGUUUAGACAAGUCUGCUUUUAUUUAAUUUUCUUUGUGAAAUAUCUUCUCAUAUAAAUAGCUGGUUAAUAGGCCACUACCUAACUCCAGGAAUAUUUGUACUACUGCUUUACAGAGCUAAAUGUUAGGACAUAUAUUGCUCUAAAAUUAUGUCAUUGCUUGGCAAUCAGUCUCCUAUAAUUGUUUUAGUACAUAAUGUACACUGGAAAUGCCAGCACAUGUGCAGGAGGACCAGAUGCAUUUAGUUAAUAUGAGGGGGGGGGAACGAUUGUACGUUUUGGCUUCACAUGUUAAACUUUUUUUUUUUAAAAAAAAGUUGCAUGAUUGGAAAAUAAUAUGUAUACAGUAUCUGUAAAACUGUUUUAGCUGUUUUUGUUUCACCAUGUCAAGCCAUAUAAAUUGAAAAAAAUAUUAAAUCCACAGCCUUUAUGCAUGGCUGUCUUUACAUACUGAAGAAUUGAACAGUAUAUACUUUUAAUUUGGGCUUUCUUGCACUUUCAUGUUGCAUUCUUACUGAGGAUUUUGUAAAUUAGAUUCUGCCCUGGAUGAAUAUACUACCUUACUACACAAAGAUUAGAAACACGUUUGAUUUUAAAAUCUUCCCCUUUCCAAAUGAAGUAGAGAUGCAGUGCUUACUCCACUUGGUGUUAGUAGAUAUUGCCUUGUGUAUUCCUUUUUAAAUUGUAAUCUAGUUUGUAAAAGAGAUGGUGCCGCAUGUAAAUAAAGCAUAAUGGAUCUCUACG